AUGCGGGGCCGUGUAGCCCAGCCGGGCUGUCUGGAGGCUGCAGGUGGUGUGCAGGCACGCUACACCACAGCAGCUGGACUUGCUGCGGCUGACCACAGCUCUGCAAUCCGGUCUCUGUGCAAAAUCAUGGACAUAGUGAGGAGCGAAUGUUACCCUUUGAUAAACCCCUUCUGGCAUGAGAAUGCAAACAUCACUGAUUCACACAGACAGCUUUUGUACAUGCAUGGAACUUUUGUCAUCCUGAUGCCCCUCAGCCUGAUAUUGAUGAUUUUUGGAGGAAUGACUGGAUUCAUCAGUAUUCUCGCCAGGGCCUACCUGCUGCUUCUAAUGACGGGACUACUUUUUCUUUUUGGAGCUCUUGUUACACUUACUGGGAUCAGUGUCUAUAUUGCAUAUUCAGCUGCUGCCUUCGAAGAAGCUGUCUGCCUCCUGAGGAGUAAGGAUCUCCUGGUAGAAAUUGACAUCAGGUUUGGCUGGUCACUGGCACUAGUCUGGAUCUCCUUUGUCGCAGAAGUGCUCACCGGCGCUGUGUUUCUCCUGGCAGCAAGAGUUGUGGGUCUGAAACAGCGACGUGAACAGGCGUUAUGA